AGCGGAGGCAGGUGGGGUCGCCGCCGCCGCCGCCGCCGCCGCUGGCUGCCGCUCGCCGCCGCCCGCCGCCGCCGCCGUCGCCCGCCGUUUGGGCGGUCAGUUGUGAUCCCGCCGUGGGCAAGGUGGUAGCGGCGCGUGGCGCUCGCGCUAGAGACGGUCGAGUGUGCGGACGAGAGACUUCAAACCGAUCGGUGGAGAACAAGAAUUGGACGGUUGAGGUGCCGGUAAAAAGGCCAGCGUCUCCCCAGAGUCUCCAGCGGCCCCGUCCGCCCCCUCUCCGCACUACAGAUGGAGGAGAAGCGACUACAGCGCGCGGACCUGCCCGAACGGCCCCUGCCGGAGGAACCUGGUCGCCGCCGUCGCCGACUGCGGGCCAACUCCCUCUGGUCGUGCUGGUACGGCAUCUUCACAUGCUGCGUCCACGUAGCACUCGCCUGCCGUGCUCUGCAGGCCUACCGUGCCUACCUUCAGCUGCCCUGGCAGAGUCCGCCUCCGGAGCUGGCUGCCUAUGUCGGCAUGGUGGCUGUGUCGCUCUCAAUCGCACCGUUGUUUCUUCUGGCUUCAUGUCUUCGAGUUGGAAAUCGAGCAAACGAUGGCGCUCGGUUUGGCUCGCCACGAGUCCGAGAGCAAGCACUGCCUUCUCCGAGGCCUGGGGCUCUGAAAAACAUGUGGCGUCAUGGACCUCCGACUGCUCCGCUACUUCAUGUGCUGAUGGCCGGCCUCCUCUGCUGCGCUGAAGUGAUCAUGGAAGCAAGACUCAUCGGAAAUGGAUUCUUACCGCCUGAUCUCGUAUGGCGCUCCGAUCUCGACGCUUUUCUGGACCUUCAGACUCGCGUUCUACCUCUUCAGUUCGGCGCCGAACGAGCUAACAUGACCGUCGUGGCCACAGCGCCGCCGCCAGCCCUCGUUCUCGACCCUGUGAGCGGAUACGUGCGCCAGCCCGCCACCCUCCUGGUCAGUCCCCAGACGCUGCAUCUCGCCGGUGCUCUUCUCGUGCUCGCCAUCCGAUACGCAGCUGUGUUCUGGGACACCCAGCGUGCUCUGGCAGCUGUGUUCUCGGCACAGUUGCUGCUGAGCGGAGCACACCUGCUGCUGUCGCUGUGUGGGUUCUCUGUGCUAUACAAGAUCCACGUAUAUGGCGGAGCCGAACUGCUACGUCUACCAGACCCCCUGUUGCUGAACGCUCCGCUUACAGCUCUACUCUUCGGUCUCUCAAGCGUGUUGGUGCUCAUAUCCGGCGCCACAGUCUACCUCUACGGAUUCCAGAAACUGGCAGCCUUCGUGGCCACCUACCGUCGCGAACUUCCCGAACUGGCGGAGUCGCGCUGUCGUCUCUGGGGAUACUUCUCACACAGUGCAGCGCUGUGUCUUCUGCUAGCUGUGGGAGUAGCCGAUGGACCGCUUUUGUACGAGCUUAGCGCUGUCUAUCGUGCAUCCCUCGACCCCGCCUGUCUUGUGGCAGUCAUUGGAGCCAUCGCACAUCACUUCCUCUGGGUUCUGCUAUGGCUGGCGUUGACUCUUCGUCACCGCUGGCAAUUCAAGCUGAAGGUAGAAGCUGCACGAGUCGCCGUACCUGAUGCUCCUCAUGUUCACCUCGUACAUGAGGUAGCACUUCGUCGUGAGCGUGGCGAAACCACGCCACUUCUCGUGGUUGGCAACAGUGGAGCGUUUUCCGUUACCGAACCCAUGGCGCAGAAUCUGAUCUUGGGCGUCGCCACGCGAAAAUGUGGACCAUCGAAGGCGGUGCCGAUGGCGCCGCUACAUGCAGCGUCCGGACGUCAGAGUGCGGCAGCGAGGCGACAGGCUCGUGAAGCUGAGGAGGAAGAAGAGGAACGAUACGUCCAGCUACCGCGUCACCCGCAGCAGCGGCGAUCGCGGGUCACCUUCGAGCGAGAAGGAUCCUUCAGGAGAUGCGGAGGAUACCAGGCCGUACCUACCGAGGACGGUCGAGAGCGGUCUCCGAUGUACCAUCAGCCGGAGGAUGGAGAGUAUGCCUCUCUCUACAAAAGCCAGCAACAGCUGCGUCGUGCUGCUGCCUGUGACGGCCACGGAGCAUCACGGCAGCCCCUGCUGCCCCAUCGUUACGCCAUCCGGCCUCCUCCUGAAAGCGUCUACAUGGCUCGCGCGGAGCUCCCGCCUCCUCCAGUACGUCGAGCCAACAGCUUUGAGGCCCUCCCGCGCGCCGCCGACGGACCGCAGCGCAGUUUCAGCUUCCGCAAUCGGUCGGCAGGUGGCAGGCGGAUCGCUAACACCGAGCCGAAGGUGGCGUUUGACCUGAGGACGACGGUGAUCGGGGAGUCGCCGCCGCCUCCGCGGGCUCAGAUGCCCUCCGCGAAUUCGGCGUUUUCACCGCCGGAGCCGACGAUUGCGGAGACGGCGUUGAAUCAUCUUCCGCCGCCUCCCCCGUCGAUGCUGCCUCCCCCUCCCUCCCCUCUGAGGUUAUAUGAGGAUGCCGAGAGGAUAAAUGCUCUUGGCGAUAUGCCACGCAUGCGCAGUCCACGGUCCAUCGGGGUCAUCAAUCAGCUGAAUACCAGCGGGAGCAAGCGAGACUCUGCCAACUUUUCGAUGAGUGUUAGCAGUGGGAGUGAUUCUGGAUCAACGUGAAGGUUAGAUCCAGAACUCCGGCUAAACGUCCGUACUUCAUAGAUUUGCAUUUGCACUUAUAUUCAUGUUUCAUAUUCGUCAUGUGAUUUUGUGGCUGAAAGAGCUAGAGCGAAAGCUUGUGCACUUUUAAGUGAUGUCGGAAACUGGUUAAGCAUACGUCUUAUUUAAUUUGGCAUGCAUAUUAUUGAUACGUCUGUAUACAUGCACGAAUUAGCCACACAAUUUCAUUGUAUAUUCCACGGAGCCCUUACAUUAUCAAAGUGUGAAAUGCCAACUUUGAAUCAGAGUUAUUCGUUAACACGUGUGAUGCCUAAAAUUUCAACGAAGCUUUUUACAAGGUGCCAAGAAAAUGAUCGCCAAAAUCGGCUAGUUUAAGGCUAGUGAGGACGAAAAAUAUUAUAAAUUUAUCUUAUACUAUGUGAAAAGCAGACUUCACUAUUGUCCAAUGUCUACAACAUCAGAGUUGUGCUUAACUCGAUUUAAGCCUACAUCUGAUGCACAUCGGCCGUGGGUUAUGCUUUUAUGUCGUUUGUUUUGUCCUCUCUGUAUUGGUGUACUGUGUAUCUUUGUAUAUUGAAGAGGAAUGCUCGCUUUGAUCUCAAUGUUAUGUCACGUGACUGUAACCUGUGUUUGAGUUGUAUUUGUUUAGUCACUGCGCAUACGAACUGUAUCGUAAUUUGUAUUAUUCUAUGUUUGAUAUGAAUGACAAUAUAGUCGCUUUGAGAAA